GGUUAUACGUGGACGUGGUCAAAGCGCUGUGGUCCUGCAUGGGACAGUGCCAGUGGACUGUGACAUGCUCUGGACAGAUGGUGCUCUGUGGAGGCUGAGCUGGAGGCUGGAGCGCAGGAUUGUUCUUGUCAGGCCAGGGCUGGUCUCUGCUACGUUUCCCAUCCUUCGAGGGAUGUGAAGAUUGGUAGGUUCAGGGCGUCGGUGCUGUCUCGACUUUGGUGGCAAAAACGUUACGGAAAAGCACCAGCUGAGAAAAGGCUUUAGGCGGGCAGCCGGCGUGGGCGAGAAGCCCUAUUUUAUGUGGCGCUGUGUACCUUCUGCUUCUUUUUGAAAUUAGAUCGUGCAAUUCGUGACAGUAUUGAAUUCUCCAUCAGACAAUUUGACAGCCCUUGGGCAUCUUCAUGUUAGGGUGGGGAUGGCUUGGGAAGUCCCGUCCACUGAAGUUGCGCUUCCAAGCCCCGACCUGCUGCAAUCUGCAUACGAGUCGGUCAGGCCACAUUUAAAACCUGAGGACGUUCCUGCUGCAUUGACAAGGGAUAUUGGCCCAGGUGUGUGCGUCAGCAGUGCUGAGGGACUCCCCCGACUGCCUUCCUGCAACGCAAUCAGUGAACCAUGCACAGCAAGCUACUCCCCUUGCUCAAAGAUGGAUGAGUGCAGCACUUUGACAAGUGAUGCAUGUGGGGUUGGAGGUCAUGGCCAAGAUCCAGGUCUUGCAGUACAGCAAGCACCGCGCGAAACUGGAGGGAAGAGUCCAGAACAGCAAAAGGGCGGUGUGUUACAGAGAAGGAAGCAGAGCAGACUUGGUGGUGGUGGCGGCUUGAGAAAGACUGGUGUCGACAUCGAGCACCGCCACGAGCGCGUCAUCCAACACCGUGACCGCUCCACUACCUACACACUGGGGGGCCCCCGCUGCUCACGCACCGACGGCAAGCAUUGGCAAUGCAAGCGCGAGGCGCUCCCAGACCAGAAGUACUGUGAGAAGCAUCUGCACAGGGGACUGCUCCGCUCCCGUAAGCGCAAGCGGGAGGACAACUUUCAGGACUUGGAGGGGGAGCGUCUCUUCCAGGGGUGGCAGAGGGCAAAGCCAAAGCCGCAGCUGUGGCCGUGGUUGUGCCAGCCCCCCCCUGAAGUGGACCAGAGCCCCGCCGCAAGCCAGAGCGGGCUCCCGAGCCAGGCCCUGUUUCCGAUAUCGUCGCUCCAGGUCCCCCUUCCCGCUGACUCCCCCUGGCUGGCAGCAGGGCCUCAGGCUGCGCUGAGGCAAUGGACCCCUGCGCAAGAACAGAUUCUCAAGGCAACCCUCUCUGAACUCGGCCUCGACGAGAAGAAUGCCCGCCUAGGAAGCAGCAGCGCCAUUGCGGAGCUCAGAGCACAAUCGCUGCAGUUUGAGGGAUCCCCUUGGGCGGAGCUGCCAUACAACCCAACCGGCCACCCAAGGCCUCUGCACACUCUCCCAAGAACCCCCAACGUCCUGCGAGUGGGCCAAGAUCAGGCGGUGCUCCCGCCCUCCGCUCAAUGUGCCCCGGAACGAGACGGCAGUUUCACGGUGGCCAUUCCUCUAGCCACCUUGGCCAGCGUAGGGGUUGGUGUGAACGCGGGCGGCCUCAUUAGCACCUGGGGCUGCGCGGUACCAAUCUGCCUCAUCUUAGGAGGGACUGCGGAGGCAGUGAAGCUGGAGGCUCUCAGGAAGGACGGAGAUACGGUCUUCUUCAAGGGGCGUCCCCGGGCGAGCUUUGAGCUGGCUAAUAGGGAGGGAGAAGGGAGGACGUUGACCCCCGCAAACCUUGGGGGGCCAGGACUCGGAAGCGCCGCACCUGGAAAGCGUGGCGCUGUCAUUCCCUGGGACGGAGAAGCUUUCGCUGAGGAGCCGGCUCGUGAGAAUGCUGCAAAGGGCCUGAAUCUCGACCUGAACCUGCACGCGGCAGCUAUGGAGACCGGGGGUACUGCAGGCCCCCAAUCGGAAGCCCCCCUUUGGAAGGUCCCUGCCCCGCUAGUUCAUGAGAAGCCGCCUCUUAGCCCUUUGAAAGGGGGCAGCAGCCCCGGAUGGGCCCCUCAGGAGAGCUGGGGCCACUUUCUCCAAAGGCUCGACGCCAGGCCCGAGGUGCGGCCGGCAAACGACUUGGGCGCAGAUUCCGGCCCAGGGUUGCUGCACCGACUUCGGUGGGAAUCAGGGGAACAGGACAGAAGCCGAGGCGCCCCUCCAGUGCCUGCAAAUGUCGGUGGGGCCGGGCUCCGAAGGACGGUCAGCUUGAAGAUGGAGAAGCCCGAUCGUGGCUUUUUGCUGCAGCGCAUCGCCUCGCUGCCGGUGGGGUUUGAUUACGCCCCCUCGCCCCCCAAGCCGAGCCAAAAGCUUCUAAGCAAAUUGAAGAAGGGUCCAGGAGCUGGCGCGGAGGGCACAAUUGCUCUCGGGGGGCUGAACCUGGGCGCCGUGGGAGACGUCCUAGCGGGGAACGUUGCGAGCGUGAUUCUGCAGACCCCCCAGGGCGUGUUUCUUGGUGGGGGAGGAAAACUGGACGAGAUCGAGAAGGAGGACUCGUGCGACACGAAGCUGGCCAACCGCGACAAGCCACGUGCCUUGAGUGACGGGCAGGGGUCGCAGUCCGGAACUGGGGGCGACUCCAUGGAUGACGCAUUGAGCCCCCCGAAGAGCCGCAAGAGGGCCAGAGAGGAGGUUCUGCAGGGAUCAACGGUAUGCAACUUCUAUUGGCGCCCCAUGCGGGGGCCAGGUUGCUUCCAUUCGCCAGCAGCGACCUGGAGGAGCCGUUUACCCUGUGGAAAGGAGGGGGAGCGAGAGCAUUGUUUGAGGCCGCGCGUGGCAGUGAGCUUACUGCCAAGGAUCUCAUCGGACCCAUCAAGAGCAGCCCGAGGGCCAGGGGGUCGGUGUGGGGGCCGCUGGGGCGGGAUAGUCGAGUGCUGUAAAUCUGAGGAGACAUCAUGGCGGGCAAUCAUUUAUUAA